AAAAAAACAAAAUCAGCCGAAGUUGCGGAAUCAGGAUAUUUGGAGGCCAACUUGUAAACGUGGCAAGACAAGCCGGAGUCAACCGCUGACAACAUAACCUAGACAUCCACGCAACCAUAAAAGUUAUGACGCUAACAUUUAUUUCUACUCCAGCUCCCAAGAUGAACAUGAAGGCGACGGUGUUUGCUUUCUUAGCCCUGUUCUCAGUGGCCUACGCCAAUGAAACAGAUGAUCCUGCACGACUACUCAUAGCCAAGCAAAUACUGAAUAGGUACUUAGUGGAGGAUAUGGAUAUUUUAGUUAAGUACUUUUUCCAAAAUAUUGGUGGCAGUGCUGCAUUACAAAUCUCAUUGAAAGACAACAGCUUUCCUCAGGAAUUGUUCACAAUAGCUGGUGGACAGUUGAAUGUAGUUCUUGAUAGAAUCCCACCCUUUUCAAAUGUGACACAUGUUGUUGUUGUUCGUCCGAAGAAGUAUGGAAUGUACAAUUUCACAGCUGCAGAAGUUUCUUACAAGUCAUCAGAAUCAGCAUCAUCUCUGCAAUGGGCCGUCACCAGUGAGCCCGGAGAAGGAAUGGUCAUCCCAUUCAAAGACUUCAAUAAGAAAUUCUCUCCACAUUUGUUUGACUGGUUCUUCUUUGGAUUAAUGUCGCUUCCUUGUGUUGGUCUCCCAUUCCUGCUAUGGUACUCCAGUAAAUCCAAGUACCCGAUUUUUGGUGUGAAUACCAAAGCUGCAGCCAAAAAACCCAAAGCAAAGUAAUCUAGUUCCUUAGGUUUAAUAUUUCCUUUUCAAAGGCUUUUUGUACAUAUUGUGAAUACAAUGCCUACCUUGAUUUUUGUAAGGUUGAAUUCAAUUAGAACAAUGUUUUUUUUAAAGAA